AGACGCAACUUUAUUCCCACAACAGCGCAUCACUGAUUACAUAUCUUAUAUAAUAAAGAUAAUUGAUAUGAAGAAACAUAAAACUGACCUAUAUAAGGAGUCACAGAGAAUAUUGCGACGCAUUACAUUGAAUAUACAGAAACACUGACCGAGUUGUGAAGCAAGUUAAAGUUGCAAUUGUUAAAGUUGUAAAUAUGGUAAACUCAAGAGAUUAUGCUUCAUCUGACAAUAUUCAAAGAUACAAUGUAUCACGUUUAAUCGAUAAAUUUGCUGAUGAUUUAAAGAAAAUCUCCGGAAAAUGUAUGGAUAUCGGUUGUGGACCGGGAGAUGUAACGAAUGAUAUUCUUUUGUCAUCUCUUGACCCAAAUGCAGUAAUAAUUGGUACGGAUAUUUUACAAAGCAUGAUCGAAUAUGCAAAUAUGACGUACAGUGACGAGAAACGACUUGGAUUCGAAGUAUUAGAUAUCCAAACUAAAAAUUUGCCUGAGAAAUAUGUAUUGGAAUUUAACCACAUUUUUUCAUUUCACACUUUGCAUUGGUGCAAAGACAUUCGACAAGCGUUUGAAAACAUUUAUCGCAUGCUUCGACCUGGUGGAACUAUGGUUACAUUAUUUGUAGCAUCUUAUGAUGCAUAUAAUGUUUUUGAACUAAUGGCACAAGAUAAUCACUUUGCAUCGUACAAGGAAGUAAUUAUUAUAUAUAAUGUAUUUGUUUCUAAUUUUUUAACUACAAGUUGCUAAUUAUUAUUUUUACGUAGGACGUAAAAACAAAUGUGGAUAUGGACAUUAUCCCAGCUGUUAAAGUAAUCAAUAAUUAAAAUUAAAAUUUUUAAUGUAUUAAUAUAUUAAUAAUGCAAAAGAUUUAUAACACGGAUAAUAAUUAUGCAAAAAAUUUAUAAUUUUAAUAAGUUCUUAAUAAGACUUACAUAAAAACUUGUUUGAAUCUUUAGCGAAAAAUGUCGCUUCUCGAUGACUGCAAUGGCAAACUUCAAAUCUAAUAUUUUUAAGUAACUCUUUUACUCCUUCGCGAAGAUUUUUUGAAUAAAAAUACGGUGAAAUGUACCUUUUUACGUAGUUCUUUUUACGUAAAAAUUUUUUUUAAUAAGUUCUUAAUAUGACUUACAUAAAAACUUGUUUGAAUCUUUAGCGGAAAAUGUCGCUUCUCGAUGACU